GAAAAAGAGCACAAAACAUAAAAAUUGUUUUUGCAAAUAUUUGAAAAAAGAAUUAAAGGAAAAAAUACAAUACGUAUAAAAAGGAACGGCCAAAAAAUCAGACAAACAGUCCAACGCCGGAGAAAAGUAUUAUCGCCAUUUCUCUCACCUACUCACUGAGUCAGCUCAGUUCCAGUUGAGUUCCGGCCAUGAACCAAUCCAUGCACAUUCGAAUUCAAUCUGCUUCUCCUCCUCUGCUGUUCCCACGGGCUAGCUCGUCUUCUUAUAGAAGUUGUCCUUGCUAUGUAGUCCCAAUGGAAGCAAGUUGUAAUGCCGGCAUUAUGUCAACUUCUCUAGUAUCCAGAUGUUCAUUAGGAGGGAAGAGAACUCAUUAUGUACACUCCGGGCAGCAAAUCCGAAAAUGUUCAUCCCAGAUGGGUGCAUUGGUAACUUCAAGAGAAAGUGAAGUAGCUGCUACACCUGCUAUUGGUGAUGACAAGAUUGGUGUGUUGCUACUUAAUCUUGGAGGUCCAGAGACUCUUGACGAUGUACAACCAUUUUUGUUCAACCUUUUCGCUGAUCCAGAUAUUAUUCGGCUGCCGAGACUGUUUCGCUUUCUUCAGAAGCCUUUAGCACAAUUUAUAUCUGUUGUUAGAGCACCCAAGAGCAAAGAAGGUUAUGCUUCCAUUGGUGGUGGAUCACCUCUUCGACAGAUAACUGAUGCUCAGGCUGCAGAGUUGGCAAAAGCACUACAUGCAAAGGAUGUCCCUGCUAAGGUGUAUGUGGGUAUGCGUUAUUGGCACCCAUUCACAGAAGAAGCCAUUGAGCAGAUUAAAAAAGAUAAGAUCACAAAGCUUGUUGUGCUUCCUCUUUACCCGCAAUUCUCGAUUUCAACAAGUGGUUCAAGCCUUCGUCUUUUGGAGAGUUUAUUCAGGGAGGACGAUUAUCUAGUUAACAUGCAACAUACUGUUAUUCCUUCCUGGUACCAGCGUGAAGGAUACAUAAAAGCCAUGGCUGAUUUGAUCGAAAAGGAGUUACAAAAGUUUGAUAAUCCUGAGCAGGUCAUGAUUUUCUUUAGUGCACAUGGUGUUCCACUUGCGUAUGUCGAGGAAGCUGGUGAUCCAUAUAAGGCUGAGAUGGAGGAAUGUGUUGAUCUUAUUAUGGAAGAACUAGAAAAUAGGAAAAUCACCAAUGCAUAUACUCUUGCCUAUCAGAGUAGGGUUGGUCCUGUUGAGUGGUUAAAACCCUAUACUGACGACACAAUCAUUGAGCUUGGUCAAAAAGGUGUCAAGAGUCUUCUGGCGGUUCCCAUUAGUUUUGUCAGUGAACAUAUUGAAACACUGGAGGAGAUUGAUGUGGAGUAUAAGGAGUUGGCUCUAAAAUCUGGGAUACAGAAAUGGGGACGUGUUCCUGCACUUGGUUGUGAGCCGACGUUCAUUACAGAUUUGGCAAAUGCUGUGAUUGAAAGUCUACCCUAUGUUGGGGCAAUGGCAGUCUCAAAUCUUGAAGCUCGACAGGUGAGUUAAACUAAUCUUACUUUUUGACAUCAUAAUAUUUUAUAGCUCCAGACACAGUUCCAGUUGAAUGUGCUGUCAUCUGGAAGUUUUGUUAAUUCGAAGGUUUUUCAAACAAAAUGGCCACUAAGUCUCUUAGUAAAUAAUGUGUAAUUGAUACAAACAGUUUUUAUCAGACUGCUUCUCCAGACUAACAAUGAAAAUUUAUUCUGCUCAAUUGCUUGAUUUGAUUAAAUCAUAGUCUGUCACGUUUUUUUUAUCUACAGUACCAAAAUAAUCGGAAUGGCUGACUUUUUCUUCUUAGAAUUUCCUUAUGUGAGCUAGAGGCCCUUGGUCCCUUUCCUUUCUGGUUGUUUACUUUCUAAGAUCACGUGGACAUUGAUUUGCUCUGCCAUUAAUUUACUUCAAAUUGUGUUUCUUGCUCUAGCUGUAAGAUAGUGUUUAGGAAGUUGAGAAGUGCUCUGUUUAAUGUUUACUCUAGUCUAGAUGUUGGGUCCUACCAGUCAAACUCUAUAGGAUGUGUUUCCUGUUUUCUAUUGGUGUUUCCAUUGUUAAAGCCAAAACAACGGGAAGGCCUGCAUCAGGUGGGCAACAGGAUCAAAUUUUUUUUUACUCUUUUUGGUGUUGAUCUCAUAAGAGAUCAUGUAAAGGCUAGGUAGUUCCCAGGUCUUUGGAGAAAAUCACAUGACGUAACAAGUUUAAUACUUUUCUGCAUAAAAUUAAAUGUUUAACAUUUUAAGGAAAACAUUCUCACCCUACCCGGGGGAAGCUAUGUGUUGAUGAACUUGAUUGUCUGUGAGAACAGUCUCUGUUUCAUGCUUCCUGGCAGUUAUCUUGAGUAAUGUCUUAACUGUCUAUCACUGAGCAGAGUUCUAAUAGAGAACUUCUGCAACUGUUGCCACAAAUCUGGUGCUUCCGUAUGGUUUAUUAUGUUACCUUUCCCUUCCUACCAUUCUUGUGGAUCUGAUUGAUUGAUAAGGGUUUCAAUAUAUGGCAAAUCAGGGUAUUCUGGAAUAGGGGGAAUUCACUGGGCUUUCUUUAAUGUUGUUGAAUAUCUUAUUUCUAUCAUGCUGGACUGGAGGGUAAUGUUUUGGUAGUGUGAUCAAAUGCAUGAGUGGCAUCAGAUUAAUUGAUGAUAGAAUCAUAUCUAUACUGAUGCCGCUUAUUGCUGUUUUGUUAAGAAUACUGGCUGUUUUAUGGAUAGUUCAUUACGGUGAAUUAAAACUUAAUGGCAGCAGAAGGUCAAGGCGGGACUUCUGGGUAGUGUUAUGAAUCUUUAGUGACUAAUAGCUGUUUAAUUUGCUGGAAAUGGGGUAAGCAGUAAAUAACAUAAGCAAAUUGGCAAAAGGAGGGAUGUUCACUUUGUUUAUGUAUGGUGAAAGUAACCAAGAUAUUCACAUUACAACCAGAACAUUAUAUUGAACAAAAAUAUGAUGAACCUUGCAGUGGAUUCUUUAAAAGGAGUCCAUUUUCACACCUCUUAUAUUUUAUUAGUUGAAUCUUUUUCCUUCUGAGAUUUUGAGUUCAUUUAAUCUAUAUUUGGUACUUGAUUUUUAUUUUAUUUUAUUUUUUUGUUAUUAUUAUUAUUAUUGUUUUUUUUGCAGUCGUUGGUCCCUCUUGGCAGUGUAGAAGAGUUAUUGGCAACAUACGAUUCACAGCGAAGAGAACUGCCACCACCUGUAAUAGUGUGGGAAUGGGGUUGGACUAAAAGUGCUGAAACAUGGAACGGAAGAGCAGCAAUGUUGGCGGUACUUGUUUUGCUGGUCCUUGAAGUUACCACUGGAGAAGGCUUUUUGCAUCAAUGGGGAAUAUUGCCAUUGUUUCAAUGACUCAAUCAAAUCUCUCCCCGUCCAGAUACAUACUCAAUGCAAUAGUUUACGUUUACUUGAGCAGUGAACUAGAAAAAAGAAUCAGAAGAAGAGCAUGAAUCGAGAGUUUGGAAGUCCUGAAAGUUGGAUAUCACCGAAUUCUCACUUAUUUGAGAAGAAAAAAAGGAUCUUUUGUUAGUAAGCCGGACUGUGUCCCUCUCUACCAUGCACCUCAAAUGUUAUACCUCUAAACUAAAGCCCAUGUAUCUAUUAUUCAAGUAUUUAUCUUUUGGUGGUAUUUUUUUUCUUUUCCUCUUCGUCCUCUUUUUUGUAUUCCUAAGAGGGUUUAGGACCAAGGUAAAAAAAUAUCACACUUCUGAGAUCAAUGCACUUUUGAGAUUGCAAGUACAUGUAUCAACAUUUCACUUAUCGAAUGUUGAAGCUGAGGACAGACUUUAUCGAUCGACUUUUUGGAAUCCAUGUAGACUUGAAGUCCUUACAAAUUGCAUUGAGGACAGACUUUAUCGAUCGACUUUUUGGAAUCCAUGUAGACUUGAAGUCCUUACAAAUUGCAUUAAUCUGUAUAGUGUUGUAGCAGUUCGAAUCAUCUGUUAUGUAUGAAAGAGAAUAUUACUGACUGUCCUAAAAGGAAAGAUAAUCAUUUGGACAUUUUUGGACUUUUUUGUUUUGUUAUUUUUCUUAUUGUGUGGUUCAUUAAAUCAUG